AUGUUUACUAGUAACCUUAAUUGGGAUCGAAUACCGACCAAAAUCAAACGUGCUAUCGAAACAAGUCUUGAACAUCUAAAUGAACAUAAAUUUGUAUUGAAUGAUACAAACAUUGAAUUCAUUGAUGACUAUUGUUGGGAUCUGAUUGUUUGUCAUCUGAAACAAGUUUUGCACAUGAAUUUAGCACAUAACAAACUGAAAACUCUAUCGUCUCAUAUUUCCAAUUUAGUAUAUCUACAGACAUUGAAUUUAACAAACAAUCAUCUUCAAGAAUUGCCUUCAUCGAUUGUUCUACUUUCGAAUUUACGAAUUCUCAAGCUUGGCCAUAACCAACUUUCGUCAUUACCUCGUUCGUUCAGCUCACUCACAUCUCUUGAAAUACUCGAUUUGACUGGUAAUGAUUUGACUGAAAAUAGUUUAACCAAGGACUUUUUUCAACUUGGUAAUUUACGUGCACUUUAUCUUGGUGAUAAUUUAUUCGAAACAUUUCCAAGUGAUCAUAUUGAUAAACUAGGAAACUUGCAGAUUCUUGUGCUCCGUCACAACCGUCUACGUCACAUACCGAAAGAACUGACUCAUUUGUCACAGCUACAGGAGCUUCAUAUCCAACAAAAUCAAAUCAAUGUUUUGCCACCGGCGUUCGGGCAACUGGAUUUGGGUAAUACUAAACAUAUUUAUCGUUUUGAAUCGAAUCCAUUUAUUCCUGAACUUGCUUUACAAAUGGGCAAUUUGACGCGAUUAGCGAGCUUUUUGAAAAGUGAUGUUUACAAAGAAAUUCAUCAAAAUUAUUAUCUCAAUUUCGAUGAACAAGACACAAAUGAGAUCUUGCGAAAGAGUAGCAAGAAAAAUAAGAAUGUUUUCAGCAAAAUCAAAUAA